CUUCCUUACUGAUUGUUCAAUUAUCACACAAGACUAGAGAAUUUAAACUGUGGACAUGCAUCCAAUAUUGUACGUGAUGUUGACAAUCGGUGUGUGCCUGGCUCACUACAGAGGAGAAUAUGACACUCGCAACCUCAUCGAAAGAGACGAACCACUGGAUGAUACUGAAGGGGAUAUUGUCGAGUGUCCGGUAUGUGUUGGAUCCAGUUCUAGUGAUUGGUUACCAAGCAAUGAGGUGUGUCCUAUCGUCAGAGGUAACAAGAGAUACAAGAGGUGUCAACGUGGCACAUAUGUCAACACCAUCUGCGAUAAUCGACUGGAUUGCUAUAGGGGACCUAAGGAGCAAUGUACUGAGAAAAUGGAUUUCGAUAUUUACGGACAAAAGUGUGCACCAGGGUAUUACUGUAAUAAGUACCUUGGAGUUUGCACAGGGCUCGAGUACAAUGUGGAGAGCAAAACUCAAUGGCUUCUUAAUCCCAAUCGACGGUACCCGUUAAGAGCGAAGCGUAAUAUUUAAAUAUCUAAUUUUCCACAUUCUUGGAAUUAAAAUUGAUGCAACAGAUUAAUCGAUAAAAUAUGAUGAUUCGGUGUCAUUAUAGAUAUAGCAAAAUUAUAUUUUUAUUAUUGGUCCUUAUAUUGAAUAGUCUCCAGCUUAGAUAAAACUGCUUAGGUACUUAUAGUUACCUACUAUUAGGUGCCGCAAAUGGAGACUUUGAAGGUCCUUGAUAUACCUAUCUAGAUAUAUAUGAGUCUACUUAUUUAUUUAUAAAAUUAAUAGUUAAUAUUUUAUCAAUGUCAAAGUGAUAUUACUUAUUCGAAACUCUCUGUGCGCGAAUUCAUUUUCACCAGUUUUUUUACCCAUCAGAGGGAUCUUGAUUUGUGUUCAUAUAAAUUUGUUAUCCUUUUUCGAAUUCUAUGUAUGAAUAGUGAAUACCUGCGUGAAACAGACAAUUAUUUAUUUAUUUUAAGUAAGUACAUAUUUAGUACGAGUAGAUAUUAUUUGCUCCUGUGAUAUAAUGAAAACG